CCGCUAUUCAAUGUUUCUCUGAUUUUAGUUGCUGGAUAAUUUGGAAAAUAAUGUUGUACAAAGUGAACAUUAUAAAUUUCAUUGGUGGCCACAUACCGACCAUGUUGCUGCCUUUAAUGUGGACAGGACCGACAAGGUGUUUAAGAGUUUUGCCAUCAUUUAAGCUGGGGAAACCUGGAAUUUAUACUUAAUUGUCUUCAUAUCUCUUCAACAGCCUGUGAAAACAUCAAAGAGUUGGUUCUGGGAUUAUCUUAUUGGGUUUCAUCUCUUGCAGUUUAUGUAUUGGUUGAGGUUUGUAUCGGAAAAUAUUGAAGUUCUUAAGGAUUAAUUUCGUGUAUGGACGCUGAGCGUAAUGCUUUUGCCUAACAUUCAGUACCAUCUACUCACGAUCUAGUGAUCGGAAUUUGCCAUUGUCUUUCCUUUGUUUUGAAAAUCCCACUGUUCUCCAUGUCAUCCAGUCAUGAUUGAAUGUUCCAUUGUCUUUUAAUAGGCAAUUCCAGCUACAUACUAAAUUUUGAUCUAGGCAAGAAGAACAAAAUCCAUCACCACAGCUAGAAAGAGCAUGUUAAAAUUAGUAAAAUUGCAAAGUUUGGUCGCGAAAUGUUGUAAAAUGAGGAAUAUAUAGAUAAAUUUUGUAUUAAAUUUUGUAAUAAAUUUUGUAUUAAUUUGUAUUACGCACGGGAAAAUGCACCACUUUUGGCCCAAAUCUGGUGCAUUUUCCCGUGCGUAAUACAAAUUAAUAGAAAAUUUGCAAAUUUUGUAGCGCUAUAUUUUCCGCAUUGUGCCACAUUUCGCGGCCAAACUUUGCAAUUUUACUAAUUUUAACAUGCUCUUUCUAGCUGUGGUGAUGGAUUUUGUUCUUCUUGCCUAGAUCAAAAUUUAGUCUAUAGCUGGAUCAUCCAUUGUUUUGAAAAUCUCACUGUUCUCCAUGCCAUCCAGUCACGAUCCAGUGAUCAGAAAGACAAAGUUCCACUGUCUUUUCAUUGUUUUGACACAUUUGUGAGGUUUCCCAGAAGCUUAUUGUUUGGUAUUAAACUGUCUCAUAUUUUGUUAUAUAUCUGUAACUUUUCUGUAGUACAUUUCUCCCUUCGCUGGUGAAAUACAUCAAUAGAUAUCAUUUCUCGUGGUUGAAAUCACAGCCUGAAGAGAUCAUCGAUGAAGCCGAAAAGGUGAAAGGAAUGUCGGGUACUCCGUUUCCUCCCACAGGGAAAUGUUGACAGGGUGGGUUGGGAUUUGUCUCUAACUGACCCUUCCCCCGUAGCUGUGCUCCUUGAUCAGACAUGAGUCAUAAGGUGGCUUCCAGAGGCGCCCUUAGGAAGGCAUAGAAUCCGUCAGGUUGAGCUGCGUCGCAAUUCAGCUUAGCUCUCAGCUGUAAGUAAGGAUUAUUAGAAAACCCACACUUGCUUGCAUGCUUGCUUGCUGGCUCGCUAAUUUCACCACUGAAAACCUUGGCUUCUGGUUUGACACUUCCAAACACCGCAGGGUACGGUUUUCCUGGGUAUACUGUGCUUUUAUCCUAUAGAAACACAGCAUGUUUUUCUUUUCGCUUCAGAUAUUUACUUUCGACUGUCUCUUCGCGCAAUACGUCAAUGAGUGGGCGAUACCGAGGUUCGUGUGAAGCGAAUUAUAAGUUUGGAUUUUUAACUAGUCAAUGUUUUUAGUUUAUACUGUUCAACUGAGUGCUGAGUGCAGUUGUUUAAAAUUUAGAGAGAAAACAGCGUACGUGAUGAAACGUUUGAAGAAAUGGCUUGAUGAAUCAGGGUUCUUUGCUCAUAUGCCAGGUAUGGUUUGCAUUGGGGUUAUGUUAGGGAUGGAUCUAGCCUCAUCUGCAAGGAGGGGUGCAGGUUUUCCAUGGGGUGGUGCAUGAGGGAGCCUUACUGCCCACUCUCCUCUGCAGUCUGCAACGCUACUAUCCCAACAUUACCAUUAUUUGAGAUGGUCGAGGGGAGUGAGUGAAAGGUCGUCUGUUUAUCAGGCUGAAUCUGCAUGUUCGCCGUUCUGUCGUGUUUUACAAUAUCUUUCUUUAUAAAGUUUAUAUCGGCUUUUUAUCACGUAUGCGUGACUGGACUGUUGCUGUAGCACAGUACAGUAAAUUUUCUUGUUAAAGUUAGUACAGUAUAUUUGAAAAUAUGGCUGUAUAACAACCUCGACAUGUUUACAUAUUUAACCAUGAUAUUUCACUAAAAGCAUUCUGACUAUUUUCUCGUGAGCUCACAAAUCAAUUAAAUCGUUUCAAGUUAUCGACACGCGCUAACAAUAGAAGUUCCGCUAAUCGCUUUUCGAAAAGCAAAAAUGUAUGGUCAAUAUAUUGUAUUAUGACCAUGCAAAUAUUCAAAUAACUUAUUGUUGUGUAUUCUCAAUGUGCUGAUUAUAAAGAUUCUUCUAUUUUGCUAUAGUCGAAGUAAGAUUUGUGGCGAAAGAUGACAUAUACAUGAGUCCUGCGUUUGGUCGAGAUGUGUGCUUUAUUGGUAUCAUUAUGUUUCGGUAAGUAAACUCUCUAGACAAAAACUAAACUGCAAAAGCACUAUCAGCAGACGCCGACCUAAUUGCUGUCGUCAUGCGUUCACCACAAAAAGUCUUUGCUUGUUAAGAUUGCCAAAAGUCCGUCAAAAAUAGUUGGGAAUUAUGAAUCAUCUUUCCUUCCAGUCCGUAUCGUAAAUUUGUUCCGCAUGAAGAUUUUUGGAAUUUCUACGAAGAUCUUAUGUUCUCCGUUGGUGGCCGACCACACUGGGCCAAGGUUUGUUCCAUUGUUUCAUUGUUUUGAAAAUCCCACUGUUCUCCAUGCCAUCCAGUCAUGAUCCAGUGAUCAGAAUGUUCCAUUGUCUUGUCAUUGUUUUGAAAAUCCCACUGUUCUCCAUGCCAUCCAAUCAUGAUCCAUUGAUCAGAAUGUUCCAUUGUCUUUUCAUUGUUUUGAAAAUUCCACUGUUCUCCAUACCAUCCAGUCAUGAUCCAGUGAUCAGAAUGUUCCAUUGUCUUUUCAUUGUUUUGAAAAUCUCACUGUUCUCCAUGCCAUUCAGUCAUGAUCCAGUGAUCAGAAUGUUCCAUUGUCUUGUCAUUGUUUUGAAAAUCCCACUGUUCUCCAUGCCAUCCAAUCAUGAUCCAUUGAUCAGAAUGUUCCAUUGUCUUUUCAUUGUUUUGAAAAUUCCACUGUUCUCCAUACCAUCCAGUCAUGAUCCAGUGAUCAGAAUGUUCCAUUGUCUUUUCAUUGUUUUGAAAAUCUCACUGUUCUCCAUGCCAUUCAGUCAUGAUCCAGUGAUCAGAAUGUUCCAUUGUUUUUUCAUUGUUUUGAAAAUCACACUGUUCUCCAUGCCAUCCAGUCACGAUCCAGUGAUCAGAAUGUCCCAUUGUCUUUUCAUUGUUUUGAAAAUCUCACUGUUCUCCAUGCCAUCCAGUCACGAUCCAGUCAGUCGGAAUGUUCCAUUGUCUUUUCAUUAUCAUCUUUUUCCCCACAGGCUCACAAACUUGGUUCCCAGGCUUUGAGAAAAAUUUACCCAAAUUUCGACGACUUCCGGAAUGUCUGCUCCAAACUCGACCCAGGCCGCUUGUUUGUGAACGACUACCUCGAGAGAACACUUUUCCCACCAGAAAAGGUAAUGACGUAAUUGUCCCGUGAUUAUUGUCGUACACUCGCUAAACAUGCAAGCACGAACAAACUAGAAUUCUUAAAACAUUUGUUGGACCAUAGUUAAUAGUUGCACAGCCAUUAUUUCGUGAUCAUGUUUCCUAGCCAUAUUUGCCAAAGGUGGACAAACCAGGAAACAUUAAUUGUUUCCUAGCCAUGUUUCUCAAAAGUGGACAAACCAGGAAACAUUGUUUCCUAGCCAUGUUUCUCAAAAGUGGGCAAACCAGGAAACAUUGUUUCCCUAGCCAUGUUUCCCAAAGGUGGACAAACUAGGAAACAUUAUGCAUUGAGCAUUCCAGUUGACUUCCACAAGGUUAUUCCAACAGGUUGAUCUUUUUAAGUCUUAGACUGCAAUUGGCUUUGUAAACGGGGAAAAAAUAUAAUGGACAUGUAGUAGAAUUAUUUAUUAAUUAGAGCGCAAUAUUUAUAAUGGACUUGUAGUAGAAUUAUUUAUUAAUUAGAGCGCAAUUAUUAGUACAAUAAUUUAAUUAUUGUAUUUUAUAUGUAAUAGAAGAUAAUGAUAUGCAAAUAUGUAAUAUAUACGUGUUGGAAAUCAUAAUUUGUGUCAUG